CGGUUCACUCGGAACGUUCGGGUCGGUCGAUUUGUUCCGAAGACGGAGAGGAUGUUACGUCACAAGAUUUCCGCAACGCGUCGGUUUUUCCCUGGGAAGAUGGCGACGGUCACAACAGCCACCUCAGAAUGGAUCCAGUUCUUCAAAGAUGCUGGGAUCCCUCCUGGACUGGCUGUCAACUACGCAGUGUCGUUUGUUGAUAACAGGAUUCAGAAAAGCAUGCUCAUGGACCUCAGUAAGGAAAUAAUGAUGGACUUGGGAAUUACAGUCAUCGGGGACAUCAUAGCCAUUCUCAAACAUGCAAAGCAUGUGUAUAGACAGGACAUGUGUAAAACGACAACCGAGGCCAUUUCGUCUGGACAGACUAGUGUACAGGCUGAACUGAGACGUACUGCUAACACUCCUGCCACACGCAUGAUUGCCAAUGCUCUGAGCCGGGACUCCCCACCAAGCACGCCUGCUCGGCGCCCUGACAACCAAAUUUCAGUAACGGUCUCCAACGCCAGUGCCAAAACAGUGCCCAGCAAGCCAGCAGAAGAAAAUGGGUUGAAAGUGAAGCGCCGACGAGUCACAAGAGAAAUGGAGGGGAAAUAUAUCAUAAACAUGCCAAAAGGCACAACAGCUCGCACUCGGCACAUCCUGGCACAGCAGGCAAAGAAAGCUAAGGUUUUAAAGCGUACGUCAGUGUUUGAUAGACUUGGGGCAGAGUCUAAGACAGACACCACCUCAGCCAACAAGCAGCCAACAGGUGUGUUUAGCCGACUGGGUGAAGCAGAGGAAGAUGAAGAGGGUGGAGGAAAGACAGAUGGUGUUGCAGACGCUUUCGAGGACAAUGACAGCGACGGUGAAGGCUCAGUGCUGCAAUAUGCCGGCGUCCUCAAGCGACCCCCACUCACUUCUAAAAAAGAGACUAUAACCGCCAAAUCUAAACCCUUCACUCUACGUCGACUAGGCGUAAAGUACAAACUCCCCUUAUCUGAAGGCACACCACCAAUCUCCUCCUCUACCUCCUCCUCCAGCCAGGAGGGGACUCCCAAACUGGGUGUACUGCAGAGACUGGGCAAGGCCCCGUCAGUCAACCCUACCUCCUCGACCCCUCUAGUCAGUCAGCCCACAGACACCCAGGACAGUCGCGUUACGAGUAGCAGAAGCAAAGCCCAGGGCAGCUUUGCUCUGGCCAGCCCUAAGGUCAGUAGCAGCACAGGUGACACUCACGGGGCUCAGAUGGAUGCUGGGGCAGUCAGUGUAUUCAAGAGACUGGGCGCCCGGAAAACCUAAUACCCAAAAAACUCAAAGGCAUCCCUUUUUAUCCAGUUUGCCCCUUGUAUAAUUUAAUACCCACCUGAAUUUCCAUUUGUGUGAGUGGAGAAACUCUAGGACCACCCUUGAUGGAUUGGGAAGUCGAUAUGCUGUACCUCAUGGAGUGAUAUGAAUUGAUGAUACUAGGGGAAAAAAUGUUCAGCUGCAAUAUCUGUUAAAUGUUAGUGUGGACAUACCUUUUGUCCUUAUGUAUGGUUAUAGGAAUCAUGCUCUAUCCCCCAUCCUACUUUUAUAGCUGUACUCCUGCACCCCUGUGAGUGAAAUUUUUUUUUCCAGAUUAAAGGGGGGUUUGUUAUAAAAAUUUUAUAAUGCAUGGCGCCCAGCAUCAAAUGCUCAAUGUCAAGGUUUUUUUUUUUCCACUACCGUAGCCAAGAGACUUAAGUAAAAGCAUGUGCUAUGUUUACCACAAACACCUCAGCUUACCGAUUUCUCCAUGAAGUAAGCUCAUGUUCUUACCUCCUAGUUUUUAAAGGGGUAGUUUACAAAAAAAAAAAAAUUUAAUUGUCAUCAUAUACUCACCCUCACAUCAUUCCGAAAAUGUAUGACUGACUUUCUUCUGUGGAUUUUUAUUUUUAUUUUUUUUGAUAAAUGGAAGUCAAUAGGCACCAAAAUGAUUUGGUUAUCAAAAUUCUUCAAAAUAUCAUUUGUGUUCUGCAGAAGAAAAUAAUCAUACAGUUUUGGACACGAGGAGGAGUAAAUGGUGACUCUUCAUUUUUGGGUGAAUUAUGCCUUUCACUUCACAGGAUUUUUAUAAUAAAGAAAAAGCCUUUUUUUGGCUUAACUGCACACAUGAGCAUUUCCAUUAAUGCGCCUUAAACCUGCGGUCACACUAGACUUAAAAAAAAAAAAAAACAUUUAACAUAAUAAAUGCAAAUGAUUUGUGUGAGCUUGCUUUUACCAUUUCCCAUGUUCACAUACAUACGAAUGAAAUUGAAAAGUGUUGUGUGACCGCCCCUUUGUGACCACAAUUGUAACCUUGCUUAAAGACACAAAAUCGCAAUCACGAUCAGUGUUCAAGAGGCUCUGCUCUCAAAUUUCCGCAUUUAAGAUGCCAUCCAAUGGAAUUUUGUGUUGUUACUUGGACAAGCAGAGCAAAUAUAGCAUUGGUGACAGCAUGCUGUUGCCAAGCAACACACGUGGAGGUGGACCCUUGUGUAUUGUAUGUUUUCACCCCUUUGUACUGUUCACUACAGUAACCACUAAUCAUGCCGUUGUAAUAGGAAUUCACCUACGCUUUGUGUUUUGUCAUGUUUUUUAUAAAUAUUAUCAUUUUAAGCAUCUCAAAUGCAGAAUUUCGUUACGUUAUGUUUAAGGAAUAUUAAGAGAGAAAACAUUUUAACUGGGUAAGUUUAUAAAAUAUUGAUUGAAUUGAAUUGAAGAUUGAAUAUAAAAAGAUAAAACA